GUCACGACGUGUUGUAGUUCCGCAAAUCUCAAGUAGACGAUUUGGGCCCACCUUAAAGAAGCAUAAAACUUCAAAUGCAAUCAACGUUCUCAUAUCUUCAAGUGUGAAUACUUCGUCCGCUUACACUUGGGUGACGCUACCCAGUGGACAGCCACCAUGCCUCUGGUGACGCGUAACAUCGAGCCCCGGCACCUGUGCCGCCAGACGCUGCCCAACAGCGUAAAGAGCGAGCUGGAGUGCGUCACCAACAUCACCCUCGCCAACAUCAUACGCCAGCUCGGAUCACUCAGUAAAUAUGCGGAGGAUGUCUUUGGCGAGUUGUUUGUGCAGGCCAGCACGUUUGCAGAGCGCGUGAGUACCCUGGGGGAGAGAGUGGACAGGCUGCAGGUUAAAGUCACACAGCUGGACCCCAAAGAGGAAGAGGUGUCUCUACAGGCCAUCACUACUCGUAAGGCCUUCCGCUCCAGCCUGACCCAGGACCAGCAGCUCUUCAUCCGCCUCUCCUUGCCCAUACCUGUGCACGAAACCUACCUGGUCUGCGAUAAGCCGCCGCCCCUCAACAACCUCAGCGUGUACAGGGAGGAUGGCAAGGAGGCGCUGAAGUUCUACACCGACCCGUCCUACUUCUUCGACCUGUGGAAGGAGCAGAUGCUUCAGGACACCAAAGACAUCAUGAAGGAGAAACGCAAGCACAGGAGAGAGAAGAAGGAUAAUCCCAACAGCAGGAACCGAAACCCACGCAAGAUUAAGACCCGCAAGGAUGAGUGGGAACGCCUCAAAAUGGGACAGGAGUUUGUGGUGCCCAAACACGACAAUGACAGGAACUCGUCCGAGGCGCUGAAUGGCAGCAUUGGCUCAGGCGAGGACGGCUUCAUGAGCUCUGAGAUGGAGUACGACCCAGGCUCACCGCUACCGCCACCAGCCCCAGAUGACCUGCCCCCGCCACCACUCGACAUGUAUUCAGACGGCCAGACCCAGAAGCGCACCAGUCUCCUCAGCCCCUCUCACCCAGCUUCCCCUUCCCCCAUGGCCUCCUCCCCUCCCUCACGCACCAGCCUCUCCCCACCCCCGGCACCUCCUCCUCCCCCACCACCGGGUGGCAUGGAACCCCCACCUCCCCCACCUCCUCCUGGCUGGGACCCAGCCCCACCAGCCUCCAUCCCCGGCCCUAUGACCUCUCCUCCAGCUCCCCCACCUCCACCCAUGCCGGCGGGCAUGGCAGCGCCUCCCCCUCCUCCGCCUGCUGGAGGUGGACCGCCGCCUCCUCCACCUCCUCCUCCUCCGCCCGGCCCUCCGCCUCCUCCCUCGGCUGGGCCGCCUCCUCCCCUGGCCUCCUCCUCCUCUGCGGCUCCGGCGGCACCCAAAGCCCAGCCGGCUCCAGCUCCCGCCCCCGAUGGAAGAAGCGACCUCCUGGCUGCAAUUCGAUCAGGCUUUAACUUGCGUAAGGUGGAGGAGCAGGAGAAGAAGGAGCACAUGAGCAGUGAUAUGGGUAACGAUGUGGCAGCCAUUUUGUCCCGCCGUAUCGCCGUGGAGUGCAGCGAUUCUGAGGACGACUCCUCCGAGUUUGACGACGAUGAGUGGUCCGACUGAGAUGUCUGAGAUGUGUGUGUGUGCGUGUGUCUGUUAUCUUUGGGGUGUUUGUACGUUUCGACAGUGUGUCACAAAAGUCAGUACACCCUUCACAUUUCUGCAGAUGUUUUAAUUAACGGUAUAUCCUUUAUUGGGACAUUAUUUUGUACACAAUGAAAAGUAGUCAGUGUGUACUGUAGCUUUUGUAACAGUUAUUGCUCACUCAAAACAUCUCAACCAUUAGUGUCUAAACCACUGACCACUUUUCACUGUGUCAAACUGUUGUCCCAUAAACAGAUGUACAGUGAUUCAAAGUCUCCAGAGAUGUGAGGGUUGUACUCAAUUUGUUGUUUUUGUGUGUCUGUAUUUGCAUGUGUUCAUGCACAUGAUCUCACCCACACUACCUGUUAUUUUAGCAUACAAUUAACUUUCCAGAGAGACCUGCAGCAUCAUAUUGACAGUGUGUGUUUAUGCAUGUGUGUGUGUGUGGGCGUGUUUGCGUUGGUGGCUUGGUUGUACUGUAUUACAUAAAAUAAGGCCCAGCUCAGCCACCAUUUUCCAUUUACAACUCUCUUACAUUUCCAAAGAGGCUAAGUAGUUUUAAAGUGGCCAGGGGUUAUACUAAGAAGCUGGUUCAAUAGUAAACCAGUUUAAGUUAACAAGGUUGAGGUAAAUCAUCUAAUAGAAGAGCCUGGAGUCCUCUUUUUCUUUAACUAAAUGAUGGCUAUAGGUACAUCUAUUAGCAGGUUUACCACUUCUUGUAGGUUUACCAAGCCUGGUGUAUCACUUAACCAUGUUCUUAGUAUACCCCCCUGAUGUAUGGCAGGGAUGUCCACAGUUCCUCAAGGAAACUGGUAUGUUGGUUUUGUUUUUGUGAAUUGAUGAGACAUUGCGAGGGUGAUUUCUCUAUUUAUUGCCUCAAACCAAAAGCAACUUGCCAUAUUAUGGCAAGAGAGUGGGGUUUUUUUGGGGUAUUUUUCACUUUUUGCAUAACAACUUGUGGUAGAAAUCUUAACCCGUCAAUAUCUAUCAAACAUCUAAGGCUUACUCAGGUUUCCUCAAUUUUCUAGUUCCUAUUUUAAUACUUACUCCCACAGACGGUUAAAGUCGCCAGUAUUAGCUUGUUUCAGGGUUGCUCUUCUCACAGUCUCACAUUGGCUCUAUGUUAAGCCCACUGUAUCGCAGCACUCAUUCACUCACAUGCUUUACAACUGAUAGGCUAUCUGAUUCUUCAGUGUAGGACUUGAGAUAUUCAUCUCCAUUGGAGGCAUUAGCGCUUUGCCGCACUUUCACUUGGUUUUCCGAUGACCUAUUUACUGAUGUGGAGUACCGCGGAUCUUAAUUCACAUCCUCAGCUGAGUGAGUGUUUGUUUGUACUGUAUGUUUGUGUGUGUUGUGUGGAAUAGGUGUUAUGUGUAUAUAUACAUAUCCAUAUUUGAGUCAUCUGACUUUUUUUCGUAUGUUUGGGGAUUAUAUAGCUCUUUCUGAAUUUAUGAAAAUGUUAAUUAUGUACUGUUCAUAAAAGCUUUGAUUACAUAAUAUACUGUACUUCAAAUACACUCUCAACAUUCUGCUACCACUUGACAUGCUCACACCCACACACAUAUACGCACAUGCACGCACGCACGCACACACACACACACACACACACACACACACACACACACACACACACACACACACACACACACACACACACACACACACACACACACACACACACACACACACACACACCUGUACACACACAUACACCUUUACACAUGGAGAAAGUCCCUGUGUGAAGCAUUUAAUGACCUAAUUUGCUAGAGAGAGAGCGAGAAAUCAAACGUUUAAAGCCAAACUGUUUAAUCUAGUCAUUUGUUUUGUAUUAAAAUGCUUAAAAGCCUUGUCUCAUGGGUGAACGUUCCCAGCCGCACCAUUUAUAGACAUGUUGAAAUGUACACAUGCCUAUGGCACCAAUGGCCUUGUCACAAAAUCUUACAUCAUGGGUUUGCAUUUUCAUAUUGCUUGGUGUUGAAUGCAAAGGUGUCCAUCUGGACUACAGGAAGGACAUAAAUAAUCUUGGCUGUAUAAUACUGUGUUGUAGAGCCUGCACCACAGCCCUUCUAGUAGGGUGCAUGGGAACCUGGCACUGGGGCCUAUACACAGAAGCUGGUUCAGGGGUAAACCAGGUUCAGUGAAGAGGUAAAUCAUCUAAUAGAAGAGCCUGGAGUCUUCAUUUUCUUGCGCCUGAACCAGCUUCAUAUCAUUCCCUACUGAUAUCUAAAUAAGAUUGGUGUAAACUGGCUCGAGCAUCCAUUUUGUUCUUUAUAUCUGUAUUCAUUUGAGAUCUGUGCCAUAUGGUCUCCUGAGCCUUACCAGAAGGGACGUGACUUGGGCUCUUUUGUUUAAUUUGACCAUUUUCAAAACAAGCUGAUCCUAGUAAUGUAAUUGGCUAAUUAUUGUACUUUUGCUGUUAGUAGGCAAGGGGUAAGGAAUGCCCAGCAAGGUUUUGUAUUUUUCUGAAGCUGAGAUCGACACCUCUGGGGCCUAUUCCAAGAGCAUAGUUAGGUGAUAAACCUGGCUAAGUUAACCUACAAAGAGUGGUAAAUCUGCUAAUAGAUACCUGUCCAGGUGUCAUUUAGUUAAGCAAAUGGGCUCCGAGCUCUUUUAUUAGUUGAUUUACCACAACCUCCAGGCCAACUUAUCAGCGCUUGCGACUGAAUCAUCUUCGUGGAAUACCCCCCGGGUGUUACUGGCUCUAUUGCCACAGAUGAGCGAUGAUGUUGGGGGACCAAUCCAAAGAUCCAAAGUGCCUUGUAAUGUUACUAAGUGCCUUUCCUAAUACUGUACCUUACUAUUCCAAACCAGGCCAAAGUUUAACACACUGGUCCAAUUAUCUAUGCCAAGUCUGUGAUCAGACAAAAAAUAAUAUUAUGUAUGUUCUGUUUGACUUCUAACAUUUUUUUUGCAUAUUUGUCAAGGCUUUGUAUAUGAUCGAUCAGUUGAGGAAAUUAUAUAAAUAAACAAGAUCAAUUCACACUG